AUGCCGGUGUCACUGGUGCCGGUGUCACGCUGGUGCCGGUGUCACUCUGAUGUUGGUGUCAUUGAUGUCGGGGAGGAGGCGCAGCUGACGCAGGAGAAGAUGGAGUCGCUGAGGAUGCGCUACCUGAUCGUGGGCCAGAGCAGCGCCGACACCGCCCAGCGCCUGGGCCAGGCCCUGGAGGCCUCGUCCCGCCUGGGCACGGGACCUGUUCUUUGCGCUGUGGCUGAGCCGCAUGGAGAAGGAGCUGGGCGAGCUGCAGAGCCAGGACGACGGCCAGGAGCCCUCGGUGACAGCCAGCGACAGGGAGAAGUUCGAGCAGGUGCUGGACUCGCAGCUCGCCCUCGCGGCCGCGCUGGGCGAGCGGCUGGACGAGACCGGCCGCCUGCAGCUGGACGCCGAGGCGCUGCGCUCGCAGCUCUCCGAGCAGAAGCUCCCCCGCAGCUGCUCUCCGCAGAGAUCCUGCACUGCCGGGGCUUGGCCGAGCGCCUGCUGCGCUUCUCGGAGCCGCUGCUGCGCUGCUGCCCCGAGCCCCAGCGGCUGCGCCUGCAGCCGUCGGUGCGGGCGCUGCGGGAGCGCACGGAGCAGCUGUCGGUGCGCAGCGGCGCCUGUGCCGUGCAGCUGGAGCACGCCCAGUCGCUGCUCUCGCAGUUCUCGGAGGCGCUGGAGGAGCUGCUGCCCUGGCUGGAGGAGACGCAGGCGCUGGGGGUGCAGCUGUCCCCCAAUUCCAUCAGCUACGAGGCCUUCAAGGAGCAGCAGGCGCUGCUGCAGAGCCUGCGGGAGGCCAUCGCCGAGCACCGGCCGCUGGUGGGGAAGCUGCAGCGCGUCUCGGGGCGGCUGCUGGAGCUGAGCCCCGAGCAGGGAGCCCCGUUCCAGCGGCGCUGGCAGCAGCUGGAGGAGCAGUACGGCCUCAUCCGCGAGCGGGUGCGCCAGGCGGCGGCGCUGCUGGAGGAUGCGCUGCCGCGGUACAGCCAGCUCUCGGAGCGCACGGAGCUGCUGCAGGAGUGCCUGGAGCGGCUGCAGAGCCGCCUGCAGUCGCAGCCGCCGCUCCGCGGGGACGCCGCGCACCUGCGGGAGCAGCUCCGCGACAACGGCCUGGCCCUGGGCGAGCUGGAGAAGCUCGGGGUGGCCCUGGAGGGGGUCCGGGCGCAGGGCGAGGAGCUGCUGGCCACCGUGCGGGCGGGCAGCACCGACAGCGCGGCCAGAGGGAUCCGGGAGCGCACGGAGCAGCUGCUGGCGCUCUGGGGCUCCCUGCGCGGCCGCUGCCAGGACAGGGAGCGCUGGCUGCGGGAGCUGCUGGCGCUGGCCGAGCGCUUCUGGCACGGGCUGGCCGAGCUGGCGCUGGCGCUCGGGGACACGCAGCAGCUGGUGCUGGGGCUGGAGGAGGCGGGCGGAGAGCCCGAGGCCAUCCGGGCGCGGCUGGGCACCAUGCAGGCGCUGCGCGAGGACAUCGACGCCCUGCAGGGCGAGCUGGACACGCUGGGCUCGCUGGGCGUGGAGCUGAUGGCCGCGUGCGGGGACCCCGACAAGCCCGACGUCACCAAGAGCCUGGACGACCUGUACUCGUCCUGGCACGGGCUGAGCCGGGUGUGGACGGAGCGCAACGCGCGGCUGGAGGAGCAGCUGCAGGCGGCGCUCAGCUACCAGGACACGCUGCAGCGGCUGCUGGAGUGGCUGGACGCGGCCGAGCUGCGCGUGGCCGAGGAGUUCCUGCUCGGGGGGGACCUGGACGCGCUGCAGCAGCAGCUGGCGGAGCUCAAGGAGUUCAAGCGGGAGCUGUACCAGUGCAAGGUGGAGGUGGAGAGCCUGCGGCACCUGGGGGGCACCGGGCACCCCCCGGGCACCGGGAACCCCCCGGACCCCCCCGGGAACCCCCCGGGCACCCCCGGGAACCCCCCGGACCCACCCGGGAACCCCCCGGGCACCCUGAGCGACUUCCGGCAGCGCUGGGAGCACCUGGAGGAGGAGACGGUCAGCCGGCAGCACCAGCUGGAGGCGGCGCUGCUCGGGCUGGGCCAGUUCCAGGCGCAGCUGCAGGAGCUGCUGCAGUGGCUGAGCCGCACCCGGGAGCGGCUGCGGGAGCCGGCGGCGCUGCGGGGGGACCUGCAGGGCUGCGAGAUCGAGCUGGCCAAGCACAGGGGCUGCGAGAUCGAGCUGGCCAAGCACAGGGUGCUGCACACGGACGUGCUGUCCCGCGCCCGCACGGUGUGGGGUGCAGAUUGCGGGGUGCUGCACACGGACGUGCUGUCCCGUGCCCGCACGGUGUGGGGUGCAGAUUUCGGGGUGCUGCGCACGGACGUGCUGUCCCGCGCCCGCACGGUGUGGGGUGCAGAUUGGGGGGUGCGGGGCUCUGUGCUGCGCACGGACGUGCUGUCCCGCGCCCGCACGGUGUGGGGUGCAGAUUGCGGGGUGCUGCGCACGGACGUGCUGUCCCGCGCCCGCACGGUGCAGUCGGUGACCGAGGCCGGCCGGGGGCUGCUGCUCGCCAGCCUGGGCGAGGCCGAGGGCGAGGAGGGGCUGAGGCACAGCCUGGAGCAGCUGGGGCAGCACUGGGAGCUCGUGCUGAGCCUGACCGAGAGCCGGCAGCUGGAGCUGGAGAACAACCUCAGCCAGGUGCAGGACAUCACGCUGGAGAUCACCGAGCUGCUGCAGUGGCUGGAGCAGGUGGAGCUGCAGCUCUUCUGCUCCAAACCGGCCUGGGGGCCCCCGGACGCCACCAGAGAGAAGCUCAACGCUCACCUGGAGCUGUGCCGGGAGCUGGAGGCGCGGGCCGGGCCGUACCGGGCGCUGCGGGAGCGGCUGCGGCUCCUGCUGGACUCGAGCCCCACGACCCGACCGUGCAGCACCGAGCACAGCCUGCGCCUGCUGCAGCAGAAAUGGGACAGCGUGCAGGCCGAGGCGCAGGAGAGGAAGGAGCGCCUGGCCGAGGGGCUGGCGGUCAGCACCGAGUUCCACGGCUCGGCGCAGGAGCUGCUGCGCUGGCUCGGCCACGCCGAGGAGCUGCUGGGGUCCCCCGAGCCCCCCAGCUUCGUGCUGGACACCGUCACGGAGCAGAUCCAGCAGCACAAGGCCCUGCUGAAGGAGGCCCACGCGCAGGGCGAGCAGCUGGCCAGCCUGGAGGCGGUGGCCGCUCGCCUCAAGGAUUUCAGCCGCAAGCAGGACGGGGCGGCGAUCCAGAACCUGGUGCUGGCGGCCCGGGAGCGCCUGGGCAAGCUGCUGCAGCGGGCGGGCGAGCGGGGGGCGGCGCUGGAGGAGGCGCGGAAGCGGAGCAAACAGUUCAGCGAGUCCCGGCGGCUCCUCCUGGACUGGAUGGACGAGGUGGAGCAGAGCCUGGAGGUGCCGCAGGACGCGGCCACCAGCCAGGAGGCCAUCAAGUGCCAGCUGGCUGAGCACAAGGCGUUCCAGAAGGUUCUGCGGGGGAAGCGGCCGGUGUACGAGGCCACGCUGCGCAGCGGGCGGGCGCUGCGGGAGGGGGCGCGGCUGCCCCGGGACCUGCAGCCCCUGGAGCAGCUGCUGGGGGAGCUGAAGGAGCGCUGGGACGGGCUGUGCAGCCUGGCGGCGGAGAGGCAGCACAGGCUGGAGGAGAGCCUGCUGUUCUCGGGCAAGUUCACGGACGCGCUGCAGGCGCUGAUGGACUGGCUGUACCGCGCCGAGCCCCAGCUCUGCGAGGACGCGCCCGUCGGCGGCGACCGCGACCUCGUGGGCGACCUCAUGGACAAGCACAAGGCGUUCCAGAAGGAGCUGGGCAAGCGCGCCAGCUGCAUCCGCACGCUGCGGCGCUCGCUGCGGGAGCUGACCCGCGGCAGCAGCAGCCUGGACUCGCAGUGGCUGCGCGGGCAGGUGGAGGAGCUGAGCGCCCGCUGGGAGCUCGUCUGCAGGAUGUCCCUGGGCAAGCAGGCGCGGCUGGAGGCGGCGCUGCGGCAGGCCGAGGAGUUCCACACGCUCGUUCACUCCUUCCUGGGCCGCCUCAGCGACUCGGAGAAGACGCUGCGGUUCGGGGGCGCGUUCCCCGAGGAGGAGGCGGCCGUGCUCGAGGGCCAGGCCCAGCUGCAGGAGCUGCUGCAGUCGCUGCAGUGCCAGCAGCUGGAGCUGGAGUGCAUCACCUCGCUGGGGGAGGAGAUCCUGAGCAGCUGCCACCCCGACUCCGUCAUCACCGUCAAGUCCUGGGUCACCGUGGCCAGGAGCCGCUUCCAGGAGGUGCUGAGCUGGGCCCAGCAGCAGCGCGAGCGGCUCCGCGCCCAGGCGGCCGCGCUGGCGGCCGAGCGGGAGGAGGCGGCGCGGCUGCUCGAGUGGAUCGCGGCGGCCGAGGAGGCGCUGGGGCUGCGCGAGCAGGAGCCGCUGCCCGAGGAGCCCGAGCGGCUGGAGGAGCUGAGCGCGCAGCACGGGGUGUUCAUGGAGGAGCUGAACCGCAAGCAGCCCGACGUGGAGAAGGUCACCAAGAGCUGCAAGAGGAAGCUGCCCGCGGAGCUGGGACCCCCGGCCACUCGCCGGCUGGCCACCCGCCGGCGCAGCGCGGGGAGGGCGGCGGGCGCGGCGCUGGAGCCGCAGACGCCGCUGGUGGCGCAGCUGCAGCAGCGCUGGCAGCAGCUCUGGCUGCUCGCCCUGCAGCGGCAGUACCGGCUGGAGACGGCGCUGCAGCGGCUGCGGGAGCUGGAGGAGUUCGCGCACUUUGACUUCGGGGUCUGGAGGAAGCGCUACAUGCAGUGGAUCAGCCAGAUGAAAUCGCGCGUCCUCGACGUUUUCCGCGGCAUCGACCGCGACCAGGACGGGCGCAUCACCCAGCGCGAGUUCAUCGAGAGCGUCCUGGCCUCCAAGUUCCCCACCAACGUGCUGGAGAUGAACGCCGUGGCCACGAUCUUCGACAUGAACGGCGACGGCUUCAUCGACUACUACGAGUUCGUCAGCGCGCUGCACCCCAACCGCGACCCGCUGCGCCGCUCCGCCGACGCCGAGCGCAUCCAGGACGAGGUGAACAGGCAAGUGGCGCAGUGCAACUGUGCCAAGCGCUUCCAGGUGGAGCAGAUCAGCGCCAACAGGUACCGGUUCGGGGAGUCGCAGCAGCUGCGCAUGGUGCGGAUCCUGCGCAGCACGCUCAUGGUGCGGGUGGGCGGCGGCUGGAUCGCCCUGGACGAGUUCCUGGUGAAGAACGACCCCUGCCGAGUGAAGGGCAGGACCAACCUGAAGAUCAACGAGAAGUACCUGUCGUCGGACGGGCUGGGAGCCGCCGCCAGGUGCGCCGGGAGCCCGUCGGGCGCGUCCUCCAAGGGGCAGUCCCCGAGCCGCUCCAGCUCCAGCCUCAGCCUCUACAGCAGCGCCUCGGCGCCCAGCAGCCCCCUGGCCAGGAAGUCGGUGCUGCGGCGGACGCGCUCCGGCGAUCGCUGCCCGCGCUCCCGCGGCUCGGGGCCGCCGGACGGGGCCGAGCUGCACUUCGGGCCGGCGGAGGAGAUCCCGGCACCGGCACCGGCACCGGCACCGGCACCGGCACCGGCUCCGCCAGAGCCGCCCGAGGAGUCCCCCCCGGAGCGCUGCAGCCCCUGCCGCUGAGCCCCCGGCCCACCCUGCGCCCACCGCCCUCAGGACCCUCCCCUCGAGGCUGGAGGGGGCGGCCGCGCCCCCCGCGGGUCUCGGGCCGGCGCUGCGCC